AUGAGUACAGGCGAUUUUCUAUCUAAGGGCAUUGGUCUCAUUCAGAAGGCCAUUGAUCUGGACACUGCCACGCAGUAUGAGGAAGCUUAUACGGCAUAUUACAAUGGACUGGACUACCUGAUGUUGGCCCUGAAGUAUGAAAAAAAUCCAAAGUCUAAGGAGCUUAUAAGGGCUAAGUUCACAGAGUACCUAAACAGGGCAGAACAACUGAAAGAACAUCUGGGGGCCGAGGAGGAAGUCAAGAAGAGUAAGAAGGGCACAUCUGCGAAGAAAGACAGUGCGAACUCGAAUAACGACGAUGACGCGGAUGACAAAAAAUUGAGAGGCGCGUUAUCUGGGGCGAUUCUCACAGAAAAGCCCAACGUUCGGUGGGAGGAUAUUGCCGGUCUGGAGGGGGCCAAAGCCGCUCUUAAAGAAGCGGUCAUUUUACCUGUCAAGUUUCCGCAUUUGUUUACGGGCAAUCGUAAACCGACGUCUGGGAUCUUGUUAUAUGGACCACCGGGUACAGGUAAAUCUUACUUAGCCAAAGCUGUGGCAACAGAGGCCAACUCCACGUUUUUUAGCAUAAGUUCCAGUGAUCUAGUGUCCAAGUGGAUGGGAGAGUCCGAACGUUUAGUCAAACAAUUAUUCGCCAUGGCCAGAGAAAACAAGCCCUCCAUCAUCUUUAUCGACGAGGUGGACGCGUUGACAGGUCAAAGAGGCGAAGGCGAGAGUGAAGCCAGCAGAAGAAUCAAGACCGAGCUUUUGGUUCAAAUGAAUGGGGUGGGCAACGACUCGCAAGGCGUGCUUGUGUUGGGAGCCACGAAUAUCCCAUGGCAACUGGACAGUGCCAUCAGAAGAAGAUUUGAAAAAAGAAUAUAUAUAUCAUUACCUGACCUCGCUGGCCGUACCCGAAUGUUUGAGCUUAACAUUGGCGAGACGCCGUGCCUGCUAACAAGAGAGGAUUAUCGAACUUUGGGGCAAUUGACAGAGGGCUAUUCUGGUAGCGACAUCGCCGUAGUGGUGAAAGAUGCCCUUAUGCAACCUAUUCGAAAGAUCCAGAACGCCACUCAUUUCAAAAACAUCUCAGAAGACCCUGAGCAGCGUAAACUGACUCCGUGCUCGCCCGGCGAUGAAGGUGCGAUUGAAUUGAGCUGGAUCGAUAUAGAAGCUGAUGAGUUGCAGGAGCCAGAGCUCAAUCUCAAAGACUUCUUGAAGGCCAUCAAGACCACUCGGCCUACGGUCAACGAGGAGGAUUUGAAAAAGCAAGAGCAAUUUACCUCGGAUUUCGGUCAAGAAGGUGUCUAA